AGCACGAUAUAUUGUAUAAAAUAUGUUAAAAAAUAUAUAAGACCUUAUUGGGGGUAGUUUAAUUGUUUUAUAGCAUUGCAAAAUGUAUGAAAGGUGAUGAAAAACAGAACAUGGUUAUAGUAUUUAGAGUGGCGGCUCUAAUCACUAUAACUUUACGAAUUUCUGCUAAAGUCUGGAUGGUGUUUGCAAUGUUAUUAAAUAAGGAAACUACUUCUGUAUACACGAUUGAGGUCAAACUACUCAUCAAUUUAAGAAAAGAUAGAAUUAUAAGGAAUUCGUGAUAACGUAAACGUUUAAGAUCUUAAAUAUUAGUAAAAUCAACUGGGCAAUAUCGAAUUUGACUAUAAUUUACCCAUUUUUAUUCAUUGUACUGAUAAAUCUAAGACAGGUCUAUCUUCAUACUUCUUAAUUUGACUUUUUAAAAUUACAGAUACAAGGCGUCACAACCACUUCAAGGGUCUCAAAGUGAUCAACUUUCGGUUCACCAACAAAGUACUUCAGAACGAAGUCGACGAAGCAAUCUUGAACCUUCACGUUCAGGAAUUAGAACCUAGACAUAAUAUUACCAUAACUGAUGAUCAUUUUACUAUAAAUCUUCAAGUAAAUAGAGUAACUCGUAAUAGUCAAGGGAAUAAAGCGUCUGUACCAUACACGGAGAGUUCGAUCAAGUUGUCGAGGAAGGAUUUGAAGAUUGGGAAGUGGGUGAAGGUCAACGUGACGAAUAUGGUUGCGGAAUUCUUUAGGUUGCCGAGGGAGAAUCUAGCGAUAGUAGUGAGAGUACAAGACUCGAAGAAUAGGAUAAGCUUGGUUGUGCCGCAUCCGAGCUCAGAAUCAAAUAAUGCGUUGAUGCCAUAUAUAGAAGUAAGCCUAAGAGACAAUUCGCACAAGAGAACCCGGAGAAUGAUCGGGAUGGACUGCACUGAAAACUCCAAAGAGGCUCGGUGUUGCAGGUACCCGCUCUCAGUCAACUUCGAAGAGUUCGGCUGGGACUGGAUUAUCGCCCCCAAGCAGUACGAUGCCAACUACUGCAGCGGCGAAUGCCCUUACAGUUUUCUGCAGAAAUAUCCCCAUACUCAUUUAGUCCAUUUGGCCGCUCCCCAAGGCAGCGGUGGCCCGUGCUGCGCCCCAAGAAGAAUGAGCAGUAUUUCUAUGCUGUACUUCGACCACGAUUUGAACAUCAUCUACGGAACUAUUCCUGGCAUGGUCGUCGAGAGCUGUGGCUGCUCAUAGCGACCGCGUCAUCAACGAUAGGUACCUUGGACAUUCGAAGUUCUUUUGGUUGUUUCUUCUUUCGUAUAAUUAUUUGGGGCUUUAAGUGUAGUGUUCGUUUCUAUUGUGAUACAUUCGGUUGAAGACUGCGAACCCUUGUGCUGUGUGCCGUGAGUGUGACUAUGUACAUUUACUACUGUAGUAACAUCUAGCGUAAAUUUCAUUUCAUCUUUCAGAUUUUUAGAUUCAUACAAUUUUGAAUUUUAUUCGUAUUACGUAAAGUUGUUUUAAAAUAAACUCGAAUCGAUCAACCAUUAUAAUCUACUUAUAUAUUUUUUUUAUUUAUGUAUUUGUGUAGUUGAUUAAUUAUUUAUACUGUCUUUGUAUACCUAUAUUUAAGGGUACAUUAAAAAAAAAAUAAGUAUAUUUUUUACGUUUUUAUGUCCUUUAAUUUUGUUUAUUUCCUUAAAAAAAAAUACGUCAGGUAUUUUCGAUUCAAUUUACUUUUCUUUUAAAAUGGCAUUUAUUUUCGAAAUUAGAUCUUAAUUCAAAUUUAGUUAGUAAGAGACCUUUUCAAUUGUAAGUAGCAAAAAUGUAACGCGGGCACAAUAUUUGUUUUAAUUUGAAUGCAGUAUGUAAUAUAAUUACAUUAAACUUAUCAUCGUUCGAGCGUUGAACUAAGGAGCAACAAUAGGAUAUGGUAAUGAGAACCAUACAGAGAUUCCUUAGCAAUCAUCAAAGGAAUUGCAUAAAGGCUUAUGAACCAACACAAUCAGCAUUGUUUUACAUUUUUUUAAAUAUUUUUUUUUGUGCCUGUGAUUUAAAAUUUCGUAUCUUUUUAAUCUGUCGCCUUGUUAGUUAGGUGAAUGUAAACGAAGUGCUCGCCAAUGACAUUUCAUCCUUAGACAGAAUAUAAUUUAAAAAAUAAAAAAUUUAUUAAAUGUAAAAGCAAAGAGUUUUACUUUACUUUUAAAAAUACUUACCAACAAUUAAAUUUAAUCUGUUUUUACGUUGCUAAUUAUAAAAGUAUUACAAUUAAAAAAUGAUACAUAUUCAUAAAACAUCGUUGCAAGUGUAAAAAGUUUUAUGCGUAUAUUGUCUGUACAGAUUUAUCAUUGGUAGCAUUUUUUUUUACGAAAACUAUCAAAUUCUAAUUUUAAGUAGAUAGUCUAUGUAAUUUGAUGUAUUUCUAAAUGUAACGUAUUUUGUGAAAAUUUCUCUCGACAUUGUUUGGAUCUCGAUCAAAAUUAUAUUUUUUAUAAAAAAGUGGUUUUUACUAGGUUUAGCGGGUGGUGCUUAAAUGUAUGUUUUUUUUUUAUUUUCCAGUACCUACCCAUUGAAAUGUUUAAGCGUAUUAUGUUGAAGGAAUGAGAGAUUUUUUUUUUUAAUUUCGUUCGUAAGUUUUAGAAAAAAAGGUUGGAUUUAGAAUUUUUCAAAAUUGGAUCUCAUUUUGAGGCAACCGUUUAACUAAAUGCCUUGUAAUAGAUCUCCUGUCGCUUUUGAGGUUUUUGAACUGCGUUUAUGUAAUGUUUCUUUACAAACAUUUUAGCAUUAAGUUACCGUUCCGUAUAUCCGUAAACAUGAUAAAUAUUGUCAAAAUUUAACUAACAAACUCUUGUCAUAAUUGAUCUAUGAAAUAAAUUUUCAAUUCAUUUACAAA